CAGUUGUUUGUUGACAUUAUUCUUUGAAUUUUUUUAGUUUUUAUUCAUGUUCGCAAAUUCAUUCUUUCAAGAACAAAACGUGAUUUUCAUUAAAAUUAACAGAAUUUGGAAGACUUUUCUUGGACCUGACAUAAUUAGAGAAUUCAUUACUCAAAGAAUUGUGACAAUAGAACGAAGUGGGAUGUAGGUUACUAGAAGUUAUUUUUCUCUAAAUUUCUUAUUAAUGUGCUUGGGUCAUGAACUUAUGCGUCUUGAUUUGCUGCAUCCUGCUGUUAGUGGACCAGGUGGAUUUGGAUAGUCAGACAUUAAAAAAUGCCAAUGUUUCUUUCGAAUUCACAAAACAACUAUAUAAUGUUUAUAUCAACGAGAACAGCAUUCCCAAAACAUAUGCAACACAGUCUCCAGGAUCAGAUUUCAUGGGCAUUUAUUUACCACCUAACACAUUUUUUGAUGUGCGGUAUAAGAUAGUUGAAGGAGAUAAAGAUAAGUUUUUCAAAGCAGAACAUCGAAUAGUUGGAGAUUUUUGUUUUUUAUUCAUUAGAAUAAAAACUGGUAAUAAUGAUGUGUUAAAUCGGGAGCGUAAAGACAAAUACAUUCUUCAGUUGCGUGCUUCGGCUUAUACCAAGGAAGGUAAACAGAAAGUUCAACUUACUUCUGAAACAACAGUUGUCGUUACAGUAUUAGAUACUAAUGAUCUCAAUCCAUUGUUUUACCCUACUGAGUAUAAUGCUACUGUUUUUGAAGACACACCUAUUCAUCAAAGUAUUUUGAGGGUAGUUGCUGAGGAUGCAGACUUAGGUAUCAAUGGAGAAAUUUAUUACAGUUUCAUCACUGAAACAAAUAAAUUUGAAAUCCACCCAAUAACAGGUACUAUAUCUUUGAGCCGACCUUUGAAAUAUGAAGAAGGGUCAUAUUAUGAACUAACCGUAUUUGCACAAGAUAGAGGAAAGAACUUCAAACAUGGAGGAUAUGGAAUGUUUAGUAAGGCAAAAGUACGAAUCAGAGUACAGAAAGUUAACUUUCAUUCUCCUGAAAUUGGAAUCAAAAGACAUCCUCAAAUAGUAGAAACAUCCAAUGCUGAUAUUUAUGCUAUUGUCAAUGUAUCAGAUAAAGAUACUGGUAAAAAUGGAGAAAUAGCCAGUUUAGAAAUUGUUGAUGGGGAUCCUGACGGACAUUUUAGAAUCCGUUCUACCGAACAAAAAGGUGAGUAUACCAUAGAGGUAUUGAAGUUACUAGACAGAGAAACGGCACCAAAUGGAUAUCAAUUAAAGUUACGGGCUAGAGAUAACGGUAUACCACCUAGAGAAACCUAUAAAACUGUACCAGUGUAUUUAGCAGAUUUCAAUGAUAACACCCCCAUAUUCAAUAAAGAAAUAUACGAAGUGAAGGUACCUGAAACAGCCCCCGUAAAUACACCAUUGAUAAGACUGAAAGUAACUGAUGCUGAUGAUGGUAAAAAUGGUCUGGUGUUUCUAGAAAUUGUGGGUGGAAAUGAAGGUGGAGAAUUCAGUAUAAAUCCCGAAACUGGUAUGUUAUAUACAAGUGUGCCAUUAGAUGCUGAGAACAAACAGUUUUAUAGUCUCACCGUGUCAGCUGUUGACCAAGGCAAUGUUGGAACACGAAAACAAUCAUCGGCAAAAAUAAAAAUAUAUGUGGAGGAUACAAAUGAUAAUGAUCCGGUUUUUGAGAAAUUCGAAGCUACUGUUUGGAUUGAUGAAAAUAUGCCAGCAGGUACAUCUGUAACGACAGUCAGGGCAAAAGACAAGGACCGUGGAGAAAAUGCCUAUAUAUCAUACCUUAUCGCAAAUCUAAACAAAACUCCAUUUGAAAUUGACCACUUUUCUGGAUCUAUCAAAACAACACAGCUCCUAGAUUAUGAAAGUAUGAGGCGUGAAUAUAUCCUUCACAUUCGAGCAUCUGAUUGGGGAUUGCCUUAUCGUCGUCAAACAGAAAUACAAAUGACUGUAAACAUUAGAGACAUAAAUGAUAAUAGACCACAGUUUGAAAAAAUUGACUGUGUUGGACAAGUGUCCAGAUAUAUUCCUAUUGGAUCGGAAAUAAUUACCCUAUCAGCUAUUGAUUUUGAUUCUGGAAAUAUUAUAAGUUAUCGAAUUGUAUCUGGAAAUGAAGAUGGCUGUUUUAGUAUUGACUCUACAUCUGGAACAGUUUCUGUCAUUUGUGACUUGAAGGAUUUAAAGGUAGAUGAAAGAGAACUCAACGUAACAGCAACUGAUAACACGCAUUUUGCUGAUGUUUCAAGAAUUCAUAUGAAACUUAUUGAAGGGAAUAAUAAGUUGUAUAGUACUGGAAUUGGUACAUUCGAAUGUAGAGAUACUGGUGUUGCUAGGAGAUUGACAGAAGUUUUAGCCCAAGCAGAGGAAAAUAAUAAACUCCUGAAACAAGAAUUUCUAAUGAUGCCCACCCGUUAUGGUGAAAACUUACACUCUCCAGAAUUCCUUGAUUUUCCUGUUGAAAUUAAAGUUAAUGAAUCUGUAGCUCUUGGUACUAGUUUGGUUAAAUUAGUUGCUCAAGAUCGAGAUUUAGGAUAUAAUGGGAAGUUGGUUUAUGGAAUAAGUGGAGGAGAUAAACAUUCGCAAUUUUGUGUUGAUAUGGAUACAGGAGAGCUAAGAGUAAUUGGAUAUUUAGACCGAGAACGUGAAUAUGAGUACUUUCUCAAUAUCACAGUUUCUGACUUGGGUAAACCACAAAAAUCACUGUCAAGAAUACUUCCCAUCACUGUUUUGGAUGUUAACGACAAUGCACCAAAGUUUGAGAAAACAUUAGCAAGUUUCAGGGUUACUGAAAAUGCUCAAAAUGGCACAGCUAUUUUUAAAGCAAAUGCAACUGAUGCUGAUGAAGGUGAUAAUGCAAAAGUGAUCUAUACUUUAGUUACAGAAACUGAAGAUUUUUCUAUUGAUAAAACAACAGGUGUGCUAAUAGUAUCUAAUUACUUGGAUCGUGAACGUCAAGAUUUAUAUGAACUUAGAAUUCGUGCUACAGAUAGUGGAGGAAGGGGUCCUGAUAACCCACCCCUUUACUCAGAGUCAUUGGUUAGAAUAUCAAUUGAUGAUAUCAAUGAUAAUGCUCCUAAGUUCAGUUUACCCAACUAUGUCGUUAAGGUUCGUGAAGAUUUACCUAAAGGAACAGUUGUUGCCAUUGUGAUGGCUUCAGAUCCUGAUUGGGGUCCAGAAGGUGAAGUAUAUUACUUCCUGGAAAAUAAUGACGGAGAUGAUAUAUUUACCAUUGAUGAAAUUUCUGGAAGCAUUCGCACAACAAAAGCUUUAGAUUUUGAAGAAAGACAGGUCCACAGUCUAUUGGUUUUUGCCAGUGAUAGAGGAACUCCUUCUUUAUCAUCAGAAGCUAGGGUGACUAUUAAUGUAGUAGAUGUGAACGAGAAUAUGUACACACCUCAAUUCGAAGAUUUUGUAUUAACUGGAAAAGUAAAAGAGAAUCAACCUGUGGGUACUUUUGUAAUGCAGGUAAAUGCAACUGAUCUUGAUCCACCUGGCGGAGACAGUAAUAUUGACUACUCUAUUAGAUCUGGAGAUGGAGUUGGGAUAUUUUCCAUUGACAAGAAAGGAAAUAUAAGAACACUUGCUGUUCUAGAUAUUGAAACCAAAGGCUUUUAUUGGAUUACCAUUUUUGCCCAAGAUCACGGCGUUGUCCCCCUCUUUUCUAGCGUCGAGGUAUUCAUUGAGGUGCUCAAUGAAAAUGACAAUUUUCCUUUGAGCGAAGAAGCAGUUUAUUAUCCAUCAGUUACAGAAGAAAGUCCUGUAGGCACAACCGUUCUUCAGAUGAGAGCAUUUGAUAGAGAUAUAGACCCAAAACAGGAAAUCACUUACAAGAUAAUUUCUGGCAAUCCCGAAGGUUUUUUCGCCAUGAACUCCAGUACAGGUGUUAUAACAACUACUUCAAGGAAAUUAGACAGAGAAACCCAAGAGGAACACAUAUUAGAGGUAUUGAUAACUGAUAAUGGAUCUCCGCCUCUAUCAUCAAUAACCAGAGUUGUUGUAAAAGUUGAUGAUAUAAAUGACAAUAUUCCAGAAUUCGAGGAAGAGUUUUACCAUAUUCGGGUACCUGCAAUUAAUAAAGAUUCCAGUGGAGCUUUAUUUCAGGUUUUGGCUUUUGACAGAGAUAUAGGAAAAAAUGCCCAACUGAAAUAUCACAUCAAAUCAGGAAAAGGUCGAUCAAAAUUUAGAAUAAACAAUGACACUGGAAUUAUAUAUACGCAGAAGGAACUAGAACCUGGCCAGUAUUAUGAAUUCAAUGUAAAAGUAAGUGAUGGUGGCAAUCCUCCGAGGCAUAGUUCAUGCAAGGUCUCUGUAAAUGUUGAAUCUGCACCUCUUCAAUCAAAAUCUGCACCGACAGUUAAAACACCUCAACCUGUUAAACUUACUGAAGGAGAUAAUAUUGGGUUAUUGGUUUCGUCCAUUUCAGCAAAUGAUCGUGACAAUAACACAAUUUGGUAUGAUAUUGUCGGUGGUAAUUCACGUGGCGAUUUUUAUGUGAGAAAAGAUAUGGGAAAUAUAUUAAUUGCUCAAAAGCUAGACUAUGAAGUACAAAAUGAAUACUACCUUAAUAUAAGUGUAACUGAUUCAAUAAAUACCGUCUACACUGUAUUGAAUGUUUCUGUGCUGGAUAUCAAUGAUGAGAGACCUUCAUUUACCGAGAGUAUGUAUAAAGUGGAAAUAUCAGAAUCGGUACCCUUAUAUACCGAAAUUUUGAAGUUGAAGGCAACAGACAAGGAUCAGAAUGGAAAACUCACCUAUAGUUUUCACUCAGCAGAAAAUAGCAUAUCACUAAGAACAUUUAUGCUCAAUUCAAUUUCUGGUGUAAUAUCUUUAGCUGCUAGUUUAGACAGGGAAACUUUGAGUGAACAUAUCUUAACAGUCAUGGUAAGGGAUGGGGGAACUCCGGCAAAAAAGAAUUUUGCCCGCGUAAAAAUUAUUGUUCACGAUCAUAACGAUCAUAGUCCUCAGUUUUCUGACAAAAUUUUGGUUGGAAAAAUAUUUGAGUCGGCAGCCAUAGGCAGUGCCGUUCUUCGUGCCUAUGCCGUCGAUCAUGAUAAUGGGGAGAACGCUCGACUUACAUACUCCAUCAUCUCUGGAAAUGUUGGAAACUUAUUCAACAUUGAUUCAGAACUAGGAAUUAUCAGUACAGCAAAAGAAUUGGAUCUUACCUCCAUUACAGAGUAUACCCUACAGGUUAAAGCAACGGAUCAUGGUCAACCUCCACUUUCUUCUACAGUACCUGCUCAUAUAAUGAUUACAAUGUCCGACAAUGAACCUCCAAAAUUCAUGACUAAAGAAAUUGUUGCUGAAAUCUAUGAAGAUCAACCACUUUUCAGCUAUGUAGCACAUUUCAAUGUUAGAAGUACAUCAUCCUUACAGUUUGAAAUAUUAUCUGGUAACGUAGAUGGUGCUUUUGCAGUAAGUCCUAAUACAGGAGUUAUCACAACAAUGAAACACCUAGACUACGAGUCCACAAAGUCCUACAAUUUAUCUGUGAUGGCUACAAAUAUGGCCUCGAUUUCAGCAACCUGUAACGUGGCAAUUCAUAUAUUGGAUAGGAAUGAUAAUCCUCCAAAAUUCCUCCAGUUGCACUAUUUGGGUUUCAUAAGUGAAUCUGCCCCAGCACGAACUUUGGUACUAACGAACUCAAGUGAACCAUUAGUUUUGAAAGCUUUUGACGAAGAUUCUGAAAGGAAUGCUUUACUGCAAUAUGAAAUAAUCGAAUCUCAUUCUAGAAAAUACUUUCAAAUUGAUCCUCAUACUGGUGCUAUUAAGUCUACAAGAUUGUUAGAUCAUGAAACCUUCAACAACUUCAUUUUCCAUGUGCAAGUUUCUGAUUUGGGAAAGCCAAGAUUAUUUUCAGAUACUACCGCUGAAGUUAACAUCACUGUAACCGAUGUUAAUGAUUGUUCACCAAUUUUCUCUAAGUCUGUAUACAAUGUAACACUCUUAUUGCCAUCGUAUAAAGAUAUAGAAAUCAUAAAAGUGGUUGCGACAGAUCUUGAUAGUUCUGAAAAUGGAGUUUUAAGAUACGAUAUCAUUGAGGGAAAUAAACAUGGAACUUUCAAAAUCGAUCAGAAAACAGGACAAGUCACUUUGUUAGAGCCCGAAAAUCUAAAAUCAUUUCAUAAACUCCAUGUUAGAGUAUCCGAUGGUAAAUUUUCCAAUGUAGCCAAAGUGAACAUCCGUACAGAAAAAGUAGAAAAUUCCAGUUUAGUCUUCCAGAAAUCUUUUUACGAGGGCUCUGUAUUAGAAAAUUCAACCAAAAUUUCUUAUAUCUGUGUAGUGAAUGUGCUAGGCAGUGUUCUGAAUGAACAUUUGGAAUUUCGAAUUUUGAACCCAAUAGAUAUGUUUACAAUUGGUCCUACUUCUGGAGUGAUACGAACAACAGGAUUGAAGUUUGAUAGAGAACUACAAGACAAAUAUGAACUCAUCAUUGAAGCUAGAAGCAGAUCUUUACAUUCUGAAAUUAAAGUAGCUCGUGUUCCAGUGAAUAUUACUGUAUUAGACAUCAACGAUAACUGUCCUAUGUUUGUUAAUUUGCCUUAUUAUGCGGUUGUUUCAUUUGAUGCUGAGAAGGGAAGCGUUAUAACUAAAGUUCUUGCUAUAGAUCUCGAUAGUGCUGAAAAUGGAGAAGUUAGGUACGAGUUGAUUAAAGGUCAAGGUGAACUAUUCAAGGUUCAGAGAGAAACUGGUGAAAUAGAAAUCAAACAGAGUUUGCAAGGAUAUAACAAGGAAUAUGAAUUACUAAUUGCAGCGUAUGAUAAAGGUAUAACACCGUGUAGGAGUGAUACUACUGUACACAUCAAAGUUAUUAACAAAUCCAUGCCAAUUUUCAAGAAACAAUUCUACUCUGUUGGUAUUCCAGAAAAUAUUGCUUUACAUUCUCCUUUAUCUAUUUCUAUAGAAGCUGAAUCUCCACUGUCACGUAAACUCAUCUAUAGCAUUGUUGAAGGGGACGAAAUGGAAAAAUUUUCAAUUGAUUUCAAUACAGGUGUAAUAUCAGUCGUAGAUGAAUUGGAUUAUGAACAACAAGCACAGUAUGAAUUAUUGGUAAGAGCAACAGACUGUGUAUCUGGUAUAUCCUCUGAAGUACCCGUCUCAAUUGAACUUCAAGACUUCAAUGAUUGUCCACCACAAUUUACUGAAGAAAGUUACAGAGUAUCCAUUACAGAAGCAUCUCAGAUAGGAACAGCUUUACUAACAGUAUCUGCAGUUGAUAAUGACACUGGUCUAAACGGAAGAAUCAGAUAUUCUAUCAAAAAGGACUACAAUAACGACACUGAUUAUUUUUACAUUGAUGAGGAAGAAGGGACAAUAUUUUUAAAAACCUCUCUAGAUCAUGAACUGUCAAAUAUGCAUCAUCUUAUUAUAGUUGCUACGGAUCAAGGAGUACCCAGUAUAUCUAGUACAGCCCAUGUUUGGUUGAAAGUACUAGAUAUGAAUGAUAACCCACCUAAAUUUGGACAAAGUACAUAUACGUGUAGGUUAUCCGUAAAUGCAAAAAGAGAUCAAUUUAUGACAGUGGUUCAUGCAAGUGAUCUUGAUGAAGUAGAUCAAAACAACUUACGCUAUUCCAUAGUUGCUGGAAAUGACCAACAGAUAUUUUCGAUGAAUCCAAAGACAGGAAUAAUGACUUUAACUAAUAUAGAAAACUUUGGUUCACAGCAUACUAUGUUCGUUAAUGUAUCUGCUUCUGAUGGAGUCUACACCACCUUUGCAAAAUUGAAAGUAGAAUUAAUAGCCGCCAAUAUACAUGCACCAAAAUUUGAUGAGGUAAUCAGAGAUGUUCAAGUUCCAGAAAAUCAUCCAGCUGGUUAUUUAGUAGCUACGGUUAUGGCAACCGAUAACGAUAUGGGGGAAUUUGGAAUUAUAAGUUAUAGUAUUUGUUCGGAAUUAUUGGAUAAAUUAUUUUUUAUUGACAAGAAAACUGGGAAAAUAACAACCAAAGUUUCAUUAGAUAGAGAACAAAAAAAUAUAUAUGAAAUAUUGGUUUCUGCAACUGAUGGCGGUGGGUUAUCUGAUUUCAUUACAGUAAGAGUGAAGGUCACAGAUGAAAAUGAUAAUGAACCAACGUUUUUGUUGAAAGAAUACAAAAUCAGUAUACAUGCCAACUUGACCAAAGGUAUUAGCUUCACUAAAGUAAGAGCAGUUGACGACGACGAGGGUAUCAAUGCACAAAUAGAAUACUCACUUUAUGAUAGAAAGUCACCUGAUAUUGCAAAUAUUUUUGAAAUCAAUGGCACUACUGGAGAUAUUUACUUAUUAACAACUGUUAAUCACCAUGUUGGUCAAGUUUUUCAGUUUUUUGUUAGGGCUAGUGACAAAGGUAAACCUAAAAAACAUUCAGAUGUACCAGUGAAUGUUAUAAUUAUGGGUCCCAAUGAUUUUCCUCCAAUAUUCGAAAGACGAGUUGCAAAAUUUUUUCUGUCAGAAAAUUCUCCAACAGGAACUGUCAUUACCCGUUUGAAAAUAGUUCCAGAUAUUCCAGUUAAUUUUCAGAUCAUUUCUGAUUCAAAUGAAAAUCCACAAUUCCAUAUUGAUUCACUUGGGCAAAUAUCUAUUGCUAGGCCCCUCAAUUUUGAAACUCAGUCAUUUCAUUUGAUUGGUGUUUUAGCUUUAACUGACUCUAGCCCACCCUUAGCUACGUUGGCAGAGAUUAUGUUACAGGUACAGGAUGAAAAUGAUCAUGCACCACAGUUUGAAAGUUCAACUUAUAUUUUAUAUGUAGCUGAAAAUAUAAAAGAAGGCAGCUCAGUGUUAAGAGUAUUGGCAUAUGAUGAAGAUCAGGGUAACAAUGGAGAAGUAAGAUACGACUUCGCAAAUGAUUUAGCAGAAACAUCGAAUUUUUUUUCGAUAGACACUCACACAGGGUGGAUAACCACCAUAGCUAAACUUGAUAAAGAAACUAAGUCGGAACACAAGUUUUAUGUUAUUGCUAAUGACAAUGGAAUCCCACGACAUUCUACCAGAACAAGGGUUAUAAUUCGGCUGAAAGAUUAUAACGAUUGCCCAACAAAAUUUAAAAAGACUAUAUACAAAACUUCAGUGAAUGAAGAUGCACCACCAGGUACUGUGAUAGUGACACUUGAUACUGUGGAUAAUGAUAAAGACUUAUCCACAACAAUUGACUUUUACAUUGUAUCUGGUGAUCCCAAUUCACAUUUCCAAAUUAGACAAACUGGUGAAGUUUAUGUUGCUAAACUGUUAGAUAGGGAGACUGUUCCUUUCUAUAAUUUGGAUGUGAUUAUAACAGAUGGUUAUUUCACAGAUGUAACCAAAUUGGAGAUUACUAUUUUAGAUGCCAAUGAUAAUCCUCCGUUUUGUCUCAAACAUCGAUACUACAAGACAUUGUCCGAGGGAAUAUUACCUGGAUCAUUCAUUUUGUCUAUUGAAGUUACUGAUAUGGAUGGACCAGAAUACUCUAAACUGAAAUAUAUUUUAUCUGGCAGUGGAUCAGAAGACUUUCACUUAGAUGAAGAAGCUGGUCAUUUGAAAACGGCAACAUAUUUGGAUAGAGAGAAGCAACCGAAAUAUUUACUAACUGCUAAUGUACAUGAUAAAGAAUAUUCUAACUGGGAAUGUUCAUCUCAAAUUGAACUCAUAAUAUUAGAUCUCAAUGAUAAUGCUCCCGUUUUUACCCUGCCAUAUUAUUCAGUAUCAUUAGAUGAAGAUGUGGAAGUUGGAACAUUAGUUACCAAAAUACAUGCUACUGAUGAUGAUGCAGGAAUUAAUCGAAAAAUCAAAUACUCAUUUAUCGACUCGUUCAAUAAUCAUUUCCGAAUAUCUUCUGACAGUGGUAUAGUUACCCUUGCUAAACCGUUAGAUAGAGAAAUGAAAUCUAAAUACAAUUUAACGGUACAGGCAGUGGAUUAUGGAACUCCGCAAUUAUCAAGCAGCACCUAUAUAGUUGUAAACGUACAAGAUAUAAAUGAUAAUCCUCCAGAAUUUGAAAAAUCGCAUUAUUUUGCAAUCGUUCCUGAAAUUGAUGCUAUCGGCACAGAAGUUGUUAGAGUUUUGGCUACAUCCAAAGAUAUUGGAGCAAACGCUGAGGUUCACUACUCAAUUAUAGGAGGAAACGAACAUAAAAAAUUCAGCAUAGACAGUACGACUGGUGUCAUAAUUGUAUCUGAUACAUUAGACUUCGAAAGGGCCAAAGACUAUUUUCUAACUAUUCAGGCUAUUGACGGUGGUAUACCACCUUUGAGCAAUAUCGCUAAUGUUAACAUAAGUAUAACCGAUUGUAACGACAAUGCACCUGUUUUCAGCCAACAGUCUUAUAAUGCUAAAGUUGGAGAAGAUUCUCAAAUAGGUGAAAAAAUAAUACAGAUCACUGCAACAGAUUUGGAUAGUGGUAAAAAUGGAGAGGUGUUAUAUUAUAUUUUGAAAGGAAAUACAAUGGAACACUUUCAAAUUGAUGAGAAAACAGGUUAUGUUUCAGUUGCUGCAGAAUUAGAUAGAGAAAAUAUAUCAAGCUAUGUCAUAGAAAUUCUUGCUAAAGAUAAUGGCCUGCCAGUUCUUUCUCGUCAGUGUUUAUUGAAUAUUGAAAUUUCUGAUGCGAAUGACAACCCACCAUUAUUUUCAAUGCCUAAUUAUACUGCAGUUAUUCAGGAAGAUAAGCCGAUUGGAUACUCUGUUGUCAAAUUUGAAAUCACGGAUAAAGAUAGUUUUCCAAACACAAUUCCUUACACUUUUGAUUUUCGAAGUGGAAAUGAUGGAAACACUUUCCGAUUGGAUCAAGAUGGUAUUUUAAGAACUGCAACAAAAUUCAACCACAAAAUAAAAGAUACAUACCUAUUACAAAUAAGAGUAUUUGAUAAUGGAAUUCCUCCCCUGUACUCAGAUACAUGGGUAAUAGUAAAAAUAAUUGAAGAAUCACAUUAUCCUCCAAUAAUAACACCUCUAGAAGUGAAUAUCAAUUCAUUUUUAGAGGAGUAUCCUGGUGGUGUUAUAGGAAAAGUAUAUGCAAAUGAUCAAGAUCAAUAUGAUACUCUGACUUGGUCGUUGUCGCCGACAUUUGGAUCAUCAUAUUCAACACAGGACUUGUUUGAAAUAAAUCAAACAGAUGGGACUUUAACUGCUUUGCCAAGAUUGGAUAUUGGAAAUUAUCGCCUCAACGUUACAGUGACCGAUGGAAAAUUCUCAAGUUACACUAUAGUAAAAAUAAGUGUUGAAUUGCUAUCAGAAGAUAUGUUAGAGAACUCGGUUGCUCUGAGAUUUCGCGAUGUUAGACCUGAAACAUUCAUUCUUAGCCAUAGAAAAGGUUUUAUUAGAGCAGUUAGGAAUGCAAUGAAGUGUAGGUCUGAUGAUGUGGUGAUAGUUAGUGUACAGCCCUCAAGUAAUGAAUCACCAAGAUCAAAACGUUACACAAGCAAAAAUUUGGAUGUACUUUUCACUGUUCGUAAAUCUGAUGGUGGCUUUUUCUCGUCCGAUGCCAUACGAAAGGGACUGAAUGUGAGAUUGAAUGAGUUAGAGGAAAGCACCAAAUUAGUUGUAGAAGAAAUUAUUCGAUUGGAAUGUAGUGACAAAUACUGCCUGUAUGGCAUUUGUCAGGACCAUUAUGUGUUAGAAAAUGAUGUUAUUGAUCCUAUCUUCACAGAUGUCACAAGCUUUGUGUCCCCUAGACAUCGUCCAUGGCUGGAAUGCAUUUGUAAGGAAGGCUAUGGAGGAGACAAAUGUGAUACCAUUGUAAAUGAAUGUGCCAGAGAUCCAUGUUCAACUUUCAAACUAUGUGUACCAGAUUCAUCUCAAGUGGGAUACUCUUGUCAGUGUCCAGAAGGCUACACUGGGCCAACUUGUGAAAUUGAUAUAUCCAAAUGUCAUAGCAAGAGUUGUUAUGUUGCCAGGAAUCCAAUAUCAUUUAGUGGAAAGAGUUAUUCCCAGUAUAGAAUUAUAAAUAAAAAAUCAAUUGAGGAUCAAUUGAGUUUGAGUUUGCGAAUUCGAACAGUACAACCCACUGGAAAUCUGAUGUAUGCUGCUGGCAAAGUGGACUACAAUAUUCUAGAGGUUGUUAAUGGUGGAGUUCAGUACAGAUAUGACUUGGGCAGUGGAGAAGGUAUAGUUAGAGUUUCUGAUAUUUAUGUUUCUGAUGGUAGCUGGCAUGAAGUCAAAUUAGAAAGAGAACGUAAUACUGCAAAAAUCGUUAUUGAUAAUACAUACACUGCCCAAGGUUCUGCUCCAGGAAUAAGCGAAAUCCUCAAUUUACAAAGUGACGAAAUGUAUUUAGGAGCAGAAGUCCAUCAACAUCCAUCUAUUCUAGGAUUCGAAGAUGUUCAAAGAGGUUUUUCUGGAUGCAUGGAUGAUAUAAAAAUAUCGCGAGUAUCUGUUCCAUUACAUAAAUCGGGAGAGAAUUUAGCAGUUAUAUUGAAAAGAUUUGCAAAUGUGGAAUUCAGUUGUGACAUAGGUACCAUUCUUAUACCACCAGGUCCGUGUGGAUCGCAACCUUGUAUGAAUGGUGGUACUUGCAGAGAAACUAAAAAUGGUUAUGAAUGUGAUUGUCAUGAAAGAUAUAAGGGAACCCUUUGUGAACAUGACAGUGAUCCAUGUGCCUCUGCUCCAUGCCUUUAUGGUGGGAAAUGUACCCCUACUAUCACAGGUGAUUUUGUAUGUGAUUGCGUCUUGAGACUCAGUGGGAAAAGAUGUGAAUAUGGUAGAUAUUGUUCACCUAACCCUUGUAAACAUGGAGGAGUCUGUGAAGAAGGUGAUGAUGGACCUCUAUGCAAAUGCAGAUCGUUUUUUGGAGAAUACUGUGAAUACGAUCUGAAUGAAUGUGAUUCUUCGCCUUGUCAAAAUGGGGGAACAUGCUUGAAUGAAUUUGGUUCAUUUCAAUGUGUUUGCCCACCUAAUGUAACGGGAACUUAUUGUGCAAAUAUCAUAUUCAACACCCCUAUCUCCACAACAUUCUACAACAUCACAUGGGAAGAACUUGUAUAUUUUGGUAGUGGAGCAACUAUCAUAAUAUUGCUCAUCAUAGUAUGCGUUUCAUGCAAGUGUUAUAUCAGUAAAAAAAAUAAACGUAAUGCACAUAACAAGAAUCUCAAAGACAAUAUUGUUCUUAAUUCCAAUAGACCACAGGAAAUAUGUGAAUAUAAAAGAGGAUCUAAACUCAGCAAUCUUGAAGUAAACCAAAGAGAAAUUCCAAUUGCGCCACGACCAGUUUCGUACACUGCAAAUUCUCAGAAUGAAUCAUUAUUCAACUGCAAUGCUGCUCAUGUCAUGUUGAAUAACUUAGAUACUCUCAGAAGCUACGGAUCUGCAGGAGAUGAGUUAGAAAAUGUACCCCCUGAUUAUGUGAAGAAUUUGAACAGAAAUACACCUCCUGGUUGUAUGAGUAAUAAUUGUGAUUCAGAUAAAACCACGUGGGCUGAACAAAUGCAUUUAGCAUCAUCACUUGCAGAUAAGUCAAAAAUUAAAAAUGGUAAUAUACCAGACUUCAAAAUUUCAAGUCCUGUCAGCUGCGAUACAGCAAAUAGAUUGUAUAACAAUAGGGCUAAUACUAUCAAUGUUAGACCAAAUGGAUUGUCAUGUGGAGAAGACGAACAAAGAAGUAUUGAAAGUUAUCAUUGGGACUGUUCCGAUUGGGUACGUCAUAGUCAGACACUCCCCAAUAUAACGGAAGUUCCAGGAAGUGAAGUCCCUGAUUCUUCCAGCUUCCACAGCAAUGAAAGCAAUGAGUCUCGAUGCCAUAUGUAUUCAUCAGUGAUUGCCCCUAUUGACCCACAGCGACACAUUGGGACACUUACUGAAGAUAUUGAAACUGAACGCGAUAUGAGUCCUGAUGAACCAAUCAAUGCCCUAAACACAGGAAAUGAUGAUUAUGGUUUCACCCCAGCUGAGAUUUAUAUACGUCACCCAAAUUCGUAUCUUCCGCUUCAUGGAUACAAUAUCACAAACGAAGUAGAGGGUGAUAGCUUACAAAGUCCUGGUGCAGAAUCAGAUGAUGUUGAACCUUAUGGAUUUCCAAGUAAUCGGAACAGAAUCAAAAAUUGUGAAGAUGAUAUGACAUCUGUAAUCACAACUUUAGAAGAAAGACAUUCUUUGCUUGGUGGUUAUGUGAGUAAUAGUGACCUUUCCACUAAUCUUUGCGAAAUUGAGGAUUCAGAGUGUGAAACUGAGCAUAAACCGUUGAAUAGUUAUGCAAAUGUAGUCCAGCAGACGUCUGUAUGAUACACAUUUCUUUUAACACAUUAACUUGCUGAAUGGAAAGUUUCAGAAUCCCGUGAUAUAAAUCACAUAAGAUUUUGUCCUUGGGCUAUGAUUUCGUAGUCUAGGACUAGGCUACGAAAAUUGUUUCCCCAAGUGUUGACUGAAAAUAUUCUAUUUAGAAUUGGCAUAUCAUUCACUAGAUGUUCAGGGAGAGUAUUCAAUUAGUAUUGUGUCAGUUUUUAAUUCAUCUUCAGAAUUGUGAUAGGUGUCUCAUUUGAGAUUGUAUUAAUGACUAGCUGUUUAUUUUUUCAAAUGAUACAAGUACUGCUCCCUAAACAAUAAUGCUCAUUUAACAAACAAAAGCAAAGGAAUUGAAUAUUUUUCUAAUAUGUUAUAUGUUAAGAAUAUUAGGUUAGAUGAUAUUAUUUUUAAUGUACAUGCAGUCUUGGUUAAACGUAAAAAUCCAUCAUUGACAAAAAAUAAUUAUUGUGAUAGAGGCAGCUGAACACUCAAAUAGUUUUUUGUUUUUGCUUAAAAAAUGUCACAUAAGUUCUCUCGAAAACUUGAAUGAAAAACCAUGUUUAAUUAUAAGUACUAGUCUUGAAAAGGUCCUCAUUGAGGAACCUUGCAUCAGUAUUAUAAAAGAGAUAUAGUUGAGUGUUUUUCAUAGCUCUCUUGUUUUUGCAGUCUUUUUCUUUAAAAACUCCAACAUAGAUAAUAUGAGAUUAUUGAGGAAAAGAACUUCAUCAUUCCAUUAUAGACAAAAUAUUGUCUACUAUUUAUUUAAGAUCUUUGAAGAAAUUAACUUUUCCAUAGUAUCAAACGAGGUCAGGGAAUAUAUUUCCAUCAAAAUGAUAUGUUGUCAAAACAGGAAUAUUUUUUUGUUCAACAGUUAUCAACACUUAUCUCUUUGUAUUCAAAUUUUGUAAGUUACGAAACUAUUUUCAAUAACUUUUAUCUUGUACAAUAACGUGUAUGAACAUGGAGAAGAAGAAAGCCAAAACCUUUCUUACCCCAAAAUUAAUUCUCCUAAAAAUAUAUCCCUUUCUAUUAUAUCUCAAUUUGUGAAUAUUAUUAUAACUUUUAGAAAGGUUGAAGUGGUAGAUAUUCAUUGAAUACGAUAUGAUCAUAUUUGUGUUUCUAUUUCAACAUCUCUUGAAUACAAGUCAUGAAAUUAUAGAACAACAAAAAUUAAUUGGCGCUCAAAACAAAAUGUCUCCAGAGGCUUCAAUAAAUUCAAUACAUCGCCAGAAU